AUGGAGUACGUGUCAAGCAGGCUGUCCAAAGAAGAUCCGUGCUGUGGGCAAUGGUGCGUGCAUGGAGACCAGGCAGUGGUGUGGACCGACGCCAGCUCUAUCGCUGCCGGUGUUGUUGUGGAAACACCGCAAGGAGCUGCCAUCGAGGACGCAUGCUGGAUUAGAAGAGAUGAGAGCUCCCACAUUAACAUGGCUGAGCUGGACGCAGCAGUUCGUGGCGUCAAUCUGGCCAUCGCGUGGGGCAUGCGAACCAUCGAUCUGCGAACAGACUCUGCGACUGUCUACCGCUGGAUUGACGAUGCGCUGAGUGGCCGGGCACGUCUUCGCACCAAGGCUCAUGGGGAGAUGCUGAUUCGCCGUCGGGUAGAUGUCAUCCGGCAGCUGGUGACGGAACUUGAGCUGGUCAUGUCUGUGACGCUCGUACGCUCCUCAGAGAACCGCGCCGACGCCCUCACGCGAGUCCCAGGGAUGACGCGUGCUGAAGCACGUGCUACUGUGCGGCAGUGUGAGGUGUGCCGCAAGAUCGACCCAGUGCCGGCGAAGUGGCAGCACGGGUCAUUAAGUGUGACUGAGACGUGGUGGCGUCUGGCGACAGAUGUUACCCACUACCUCGGUAGCGCCUACCUGUCCCUUGUCGACUGCGGGCCGUCUCGGUUCGCUGUGUGGCGGCACUUACGUCGUCCAGAUGCGGACACCGUCGUCAGUCACCUGGAACAAGUCUUCUGCGAGCGAGGAGCGCCGGUGGAACUGCUCUGUGACAACGACACUGUCUUCCGAGGCCGGCGAUUCGCAGCUUUCGCGGCGCGCUGGGGCGUGUCGCUGCGCUUCAGAGGGGCAUACGCACCGUCUGGUAACGGUAUCGUGGAAAGGAACCAUCGCACGGUGAAGGUGAUAGCAGCGAGGAAGGGCUGCUCCGUUGCUGAGGCAGUCCACCUGUACAACGUGACGCCCCGGGACGAAACUGUGGCAUCAGCUCCCAACUACACGGUUGACGAUGCAGUGUGGGUUCGGAGGCGGGGCGAGCGCUGCACCUCAGCAUCGCAGCCCGGCGUCGUCACCAGGGUGACCUCGCCGCAGGUGGUAGAGGUUGAUGGAGUCCCACGACACGUCAGGGACUUGAGACACCGCAGCAGCCUCUCAGUGAACGAAGCUGGCACUCCAGAUGAACUGGGAGUAGAAGAUGAACCCCCGCUUUAUGUUGACGCGCAAAGCCAGCUGCUGCAGCCGCAGGUGGCUGAACCCCCACCUGAGGCACCACGAGAAGCCGUGCUUCGAAGGAGUACCCGUGAGCGGCACCCUCCGCAGCGAUAUUGUUGUGAUCCUGGAGAUCAGGGGGGUGUGUAA